CAAAAAUAAGUAUAAGUGUUGAUAUCUUUGUUAUUUAUUUACGACGUAUAUUAUAUUAAAUAAUAAAUAAUGUAAAAAUAAAUUUAAUAAUUACUAAGUUAUUUUUACGUAUAAAAUUUUUUUUAAUUUUGGUUUCCGUUGGAAAAUAAACUAACCAGCCUGUAGGAUUAUUACAUAAAUAUAUCAAAAUAGGUUAUUUUGUGGUUAGAUUUGUUAUCUGUAAUAUUUAUAAAUGAUUUAAAUAAUUAAUGCAAAAGUGUGUUGGUUUAAAAAUAAAUAAACCAGCAAGAUUUAAUAGCUAAAAUUGUUUUUAAAUAAUAUGAACCGUUUGGAUGAGGCAUCUAGUUUUAUAAAAGGUCGAAAACCAUCUUUUAUUGGAAUGAACGGUGGACCAGAAACAGAUGAACAGCAACGUGUACGUUUUCAAGUUGAAUUGGAGUUCGUACAAUGUUUGGCUAAUCCGAAUUAUUUGAAUUUUUUAGCACAACGAGGAUACUUCAAAGAUUCAUCAUUUGUUAACUACCUUAAAUAUUUAUUAUACUGGAAGGAGCCCGAGUACGCGAAAUACUUGAAAUAUCCUAUGUGUUUAUACUUCCUCGACCUACUUCAAUACGAACACUUCAGACGAGAAGUCGUAAACUCACAGUGCACUAAAUUCAUUGAUGACCAACAGAUAUUACUGUGGCAACACUACACCCGUCGUCGUACAAGAUUAUUGCAAACAGCUGGCGAACAAACGCAACAGCACAAUGUUACACAAAAUAAUGGAAUAGUACAACCUAAAGUUCCCUAAUUAAUUUUAUUAUUAUUAAUUUAUAAAAAAAAAAAUUUAGAAGAAAAAAAAAACGAUGUAAAAUAAAAUAUUUUUUCU